CAGCCAUUGUGCCGCGGCGGCGCGAGCGCUCUGCGUGGACCCGCCUGCCCCCGGCCCGCGGCGGCGGCGGCUCUCCCGGCUCUUCCCCACUCCCUUUUGUCCCUUCGGGUUUCUCCUCCCCUCCCCGCCCCCCACCCUGCCCUGGCCUUCGGAUUUGGGGGAGGGGGUCCGUCCGUGUGCUCCCAGAUGCUCUUCUUCCACCCAGGAUCCCCCUUCCUCUGUUUAAUUUGCCUGCUCCCUCCUUCCCCCCGGCCUCGGCUAGCGAAACCCAGGAGAUGGGGAGGGGCUCGACCAUCGUAGAGUGGUGGUUGCCGACAGACAGUGAACAGAGUAUCUGUCAGGCAAGAGCUGCUGUAAUGGUUUAUGAUGAUGCCAACAAGAAGUGGGUGCCAGCUGGUGGCUCCACCGGGUUCAGCAGAGUACACAUAUAUCACCAUACAGGCAACAACACGUUCAGAGUGGUGGGCAGAAAGAUUCAAGACCAUCAGGUUGUGAUAAAUUGUGCCAUUCCUAAAGGGCUGAAGUACAAUCAAGCCACACAGACUUUCCACCAGUGGCGGGAUGCUAGACAGGUGUAUGGUCUCAACUUUGGCAGCAAAGAGGAUGCCAAUGUCUUCGCAAGUGCCAUGAUGCAUGCCUUAGAAGUGUUAAAUUCACAGGAAGCAGCCCAGAGCAAGGUUACUGCUACCCAGGACAGCACUAAUUUGCGAUGUAUUUUCUGUGGGCCAACAUUGCCUAGACAAAAUUCACAACUACCUGCUCAAGUUCAAAAUGGCCCAUCCCAAGAAGAGUUGGAAAUCCAGAGAAGGCAGCUGCAAGAACAGCAGCGACAGAAGGAGCUGGAGAGAGAGAGAAUGGAGAGGGAAAGGCUGGAGAGAGAACGACUAGAGAGAGAGAGGCUAGAGAGGGAGCGCCUGGAACAGGAGCAGCUGGAGCGCCAGCGCCAGGAGCGGGAGCAUUUGGAGCGUCUGGAGCGGGAGAGGCUGGAGCGCCUGGAGCGGGAGAGGCAAGACCGAGAGCGCCUGGAGCAGCUGGAGCAAGUGGAGUGGGAGCGAGAGCGCAGAGUGUCCAAUGCUGCUCCAUCUUCAGACAGCUCCCUGUAUAGCGCUCCACUUCCUGAGUAUUCCAGUUGCCAGCCUCCUUCAGCACCUCCUCCAUCAUAUGCUAAAGUCAUCUCAGCUCCAGUGUCAGAUGCCACUCCUGAUUACGCUGUAGUGACUGCUUUGCCACCUACUUCCACACCCCCUACACCACCACUGCGACACUCAGCGACACGUUUUGCAACAUCUCUAGGUUCAGCCUUCCACCCUGUUCUUCCCCAUUACGCCACAGUUCCUCGUCCUCUGAACAAAAACUCUCGACCUUCUUCUCCUGUGAACACACCCUCUUCUCAGCCUCCAGCUGCGAAGUCCUGUGCCUGGUCUACUUCCAAUUUCUCGCCCCUCCCUCCAUCUCCUCCGAUAAUGAUUAGCAGCCCUCCUGGCAAAGCUACUGGCCCCAGGCCUGUCCUCCCCGUCUGUGUCUCCUCUCCCGUGCCCCAAAUGCCUCCGUCACCGACAGCACCCAAUGGGCUGCUGGACUCUGUAACAUACCCAGUGUCUCCACCGCCUACCUCAGGGCCAGCAGCGCCGCCGCCUCCGCCACCACCGCCGCCGCCGCCACCACCGCCACCGCCGCUGCCUCCCCUCACUUCUUCACUCUCACACUGUGGAUCACAGGCUUCUCCUCCUCCAGGCACCCCUCUUGCCUCAACUCCCUCAUCCAAGCCCAGUGUUCUCCCUUCUCCCUCUGCAGCUGCCCCUGCCUCUGUGGAGACCCCUCUAAAUCCUGAGCUGGGAGACUCCUCUGCUUCCGAGCCAGGCUUGCAGCAGGCAGCCUCUCAGCCGGCCGAGACGCCAACCCCACAGGGCCUUGUCUUGGGACCACCUGCACCUCCCCCACCCCCACCCCUCCCAACAGGCCCUACCUAUGCCUCAGCACUUCCUCCCCCGCCUGGACCACCUCCACCACCUCCACUGCCAUCUGCUGGGCCUCCUCCACCUCCUCCUCCACCCCCUCUUCCGAAUCAAGUUCCUCCACCUCCUCCGCCACCUCCCGCCCCUCCUCUCCCUGCAUCUGGAAUUUUCUCUGGAUCCCUGUCAGAAGACAAUCGCCCGUUAACUGGACUUGCAGCUGCAAUUGCGGGAGCAAAACUUAGGAAAGUGUCUCGGGUGGAGGAUGGCUCUUUCCCAAGUGGAGGGAGUACUGUGGGUGUGAACUUGGCCUCAUCCAAAACAGAUGCUGGUCGUGGGAAUGGACCCCUUCCUCUAGGGGGUAGCGGCUUAAUGGAGGAGAUGAGUGCCCUGCUGGCCAGGAGGAGAAGAAUUGCUGAAAAAGGGUCAACCAUAGAAACAGAACAAAAAGAAGACAGAAGUGAAGAUUCAGAGCCUGUAACUUCUAAGGCCUCUUCAACAAGUACACCUGAACCGACCAGAAAACCUUGGGAAAGAACGAACACAAUGAAUGGCAGUAAGUCGCCUGUCAUCUCCAGACGGGAUUCUCCAAGGAAAAAUCAGAUUGUUUUUGACAACAGGUCCUAUGAUUCAUUACACAGACCCAAAUCUACACCUUCGUCACAGCCCAGUGCCAAUGGAGUCCAGACAGAGGGACUCGACUAUGACAGACUGAAGCAGGACAUUUUAGAUGAAAUGAGAAAAGAACUAGCGAAGCUGAAGGAAGAGCUUAUUGAUGCAAUCAGGCAGGAACUGAGCAAGUCGAAUACUGCAUAGAGAAGCGAACUAAGAGAGACAGGACUUGAAUCUGGAGAAAAACAAGAAUUCCUACAAACAACUGUUAACAACCCCCUACGAUUUUUAAGCUGUAAGAAGAAAAUGGAUACAGUCAGGAGGGAAAAAGCGCCAACCUCUGAAAGCCUUCAGACAUAGUGACUCUGGCAAUCAGCUGCUCCCUCCCGGCGUGCUGCUCCUGUUCUGACCUUUACCGCAGGAUGAAGAAUUGUGUUUGAAUUCCCUAGCAGUACUAAACCCAUCAGGCAAGAAAUAUUUUCAUGUCUAGAUGAAACUGCACGUUUUCCACAAUCCAUUGCUAAAAUAAAGAUAAAGGCUUAGGAGGUUUUUUUAGGGGGCGCUGAUGAAGAAUUUAAUUUAGCAAGUUCUGCUGUUGCAUUGUAAACGUUUCUCUCAGGUUUGUCUUCCUAUCAUAUUUGAUAUUCCGUGAAUAGUUAAGAUCAUAAAAUAUGGAACAAAUGGAAUUGUAUGUGCUUUCAAAGGGUGGUAUUUAUAAGAAAGGUUCUAAAAUGUUUAGUCCCACUUGAGGAAUUUAGAAUGAUAGGAAGUCUCUCGGGUUAGCCUUCAUGCAAUUUUGUAGUUUAAAACAAAAUCCGUCCAGAAUUUAAAUAUUUAGAUGCCUUCCUAAAUUGUUACAAUGCUUUACCAAAUCUAUGACUUCUAUAUACAAACAGUGGUCAAAUGUAAAACAUUCUAUUAUAGAUUUCCUGUAGGUUUUCAACCUUUUUUAGACUUAUGCAUGCGGACAUUUUUAUAAUGUAAUUACAAUCACCACAAAGUUAGCUUUUUUUAAUUACAGAUAAUAAUGCAUGUCACACUAAUAUGUAGUGGCCUUUUCAAGGCCUAGUCCCAGGGGAAAAUAUUUUGUAGAAUAUAGGGAAGUGGGAGGAAGGGGAGGAAUAAUUUUUUAUUUAAAGUUAAUUCUGCACUAUCUUUUUUUUUCUCAAUUAUCUGCAUGAAUUAUGAGAAAUAUUUUGUGACUUUAGUCCAUAAACAUGUUAACAAAACCAAGUACUUAAUCUUUUACAUCAUGUCUUCAGCUCUUUGUAUUUUAACCAGCAAUUCCAAUGGUCUGAAGCAUGAUUCUGAGCUUCACAUGAAUUACAUCUCACUGUGGAUCUCCAAAGUUUGAUCACUGAAUUUGGCAGUUGCUGUCACUAGGUCCCUGCUGUGUUGCAGGUGUUUGGGUGCGUGCUCCUGAUUGGACGCUGCUCUUGACCUUGGUUGUGCUAAAAUACAGGAAAUAUCAGUGAUGGCAGCAGUUGGGGUCACAGAAGUCACCAGAUGAAGGGAAACCAGUGGGGCGUUCUGCAGUUUUCUUUUCAUAAAACUGAAGUGAUACUUAGACCCUGAGAGAGAGAGAGAGAGGGGGGGGGGGGGAGAUUGUUGAAUGUGUUCCACCCCUUUAUGUUAUAAUUGGCAAGAUUAAAAUAAGGGAGAAAUUCUAUUUGUUGUAAUGUUAGCUUUUUGGAAAAUCUAGGAAAUCAAAAAUUCUCCAGGCUCUCCAUGAUUUAUGCUUGAGUUAUUAAUGUGCCAUACUUGCUUUGGUUAUCAAAACGUAAAAAAAAAAAAAAAAUGGGGGAAAUAAUCCACUUUCUUUUGCUUUCUAGAUUUCGUACGUCUCAGUUUUAAAACAAAGCUUGAUGACAGCGUAGUUUUCUAAACGCUACAAUUUGCAGUCAUCACACUACCGAGAAGUUGAAUGAGGAUUUUUUUUUUCCUUGUUAAGAGUUUGUUUCUGUAGAAACUUCAUUUUUAGAUUAAACUGUGAGGGAUGAGCUACUAUAGUUCAAAUACACAGCUCUUUUUCUACCCGUUCUCCAUUGUCAUGCAGUAAUAGUAAAGGCAUUAAAGAUGCAGUAAGCUCAUAAGUUGUUCUCUCAAAGAAAUAGUCAUUGCAUUUUACUGUUGAACUUCUGAUUAUGCGCUCCUUUGAUAAUGUAAAUGUGUGCAUCCCUUACAGAUCUGAUCAAACAUCACUUUUGAUUUUGUUGCUGAAGUUAAAUAGUCUGUAAUAGGUAGAGUACUGGGUAUCAGUGGUCCAAAGUGAGACAGAAUACUAAAGUCAGAUGCUAAGUCCUAAAAGAAACUGGUUUAUGCACUAAACGUUUUGUGCCUUGGUCUAAUAUUUAACACAAUGUCUGUGUAAAAUGAUAAAAAAAAAAAAAAGAACCAGUGUUGACUCAUGCUAUAUCCUCCAUAAUACUGCAUUAUCCCACAUGGCUAAAUGUGUUCCUUCCUAGAAGCGUACUUGGACUAUUCUAUAUGUUCACUGUCAUACAUGACAGUCUUGUCAUUGUUAGAGAUUUCAGUGAUUAAAAUGGGAAACCGAAGCUUAGGUUAUUUUCCCAGAACUGUUCCUUGGAACCAUAGUAUGAUGGUGGGUUUUGCUUUUGUGUGUUGAAUGUCUUCAGCUGAGUACAGUUUAGGGAUCCUUUCUAACUACAGGAAGGCACUGCUCUCCUCAACACUGUGAUCUGACCUGCGACAGCUCUACAACACACCCUGUAAAUGGCUAGCAAGUCAAUAGCAAACAACCUGAAUGUACAAACCUUAGUGCUGGUGCUGAAAUCUCUAAAGAAUAGUCGUCAUGAUCUCAAAGUUUGUUCAAAACUUACAAGCAUAAUGUGUCAAUCAGAACUAAAGAUGAAACAUUGAAUGUUGACUCCUCAUGCUGCAGGUGUAUUUCCUGUUUAGGUUUUUCAGUUCUUUGCUGUUUUUACCAUAACUGUUUCAUUUAAAUUUCUUACACGCUAACUUCAUUUGUGCGAUUGAAAUAAAAUUUCAGUAUAUACA